GGAAAGGGAUGAGCUCCUCACGGGUCCGCUCUGGCCCAAGGGCAAGCGCAAUCGUGGAAAGGCGCUUUACUGCGUUGACGCGCAGGCUGACGUCUUCGUGCUUGAGCUCGUCAAUCAAGACGGCGAUGGGGUAGAGGGUGUCGUCUGCCUCGUCGGUGUUCAUGGUGUCUGUUGGCGCUUUGCGUUUGAGUUGGGUGCUGUGGGAGCCGUAUGGGGUUUAGCGGAAGUAGUACAGUAUGUAGCGUCCGCAGCUGCGUAGGAAAAAGCCGGCGUUGCAGGUUGCGAGAAGGAAGUCUCUGAGCCGUUUGGAGGUCGCAAAAGGGCGCCGUCUCGCUAAACACGCGGCGAGGCAAAAAGGACCGAGAACUCACGCGUCCAGACAGGCUCGGCCAUUGGGGAGGAGCAGACCGAACUGGAGAGCACGGAGCUCCCGCUAGCAAUUGGAUCAUAGCGGUGUAUAACACCGGAGAGGCCCCGCUCAAGGAUGGGGAAAAUGAAGAAACCCCCCUGCCCCGUCUGCAACACAAGGAGCUAUCGCAAAGAUGACUCCGGCUUCUACGUCUGCAAGUUCGGGCAUCAGCUCACGGGAUAUGUGGAGGAACGAGGCGACGAGGAGGCCCUCAUGGGCUCGAAUGCGCGUCGGCAGAGAUCACGGUCUCGGAAAAGGAUUUCCCGCGGGCGGAGCAGGAAAUACGACUAUGAUGCCGCGCCCUUCAGUGUGAUUUGCGAGGUCUUUCAAUCUUCCUUGAGACUGCAGACUCAGAGCUUGAUCAAGAGCCGAGGUCUUCCACAGGAGCUAGAGCUAGCAGUCCUCGAUCUCUGGUCCUGCUACCUAACCGCCCUCGAAGUCGAUUUAGACGACCGCCAACGCCGCGAAAGCAACUGGAGCCUGUCAUCCCAGCAAGGUUCCGCUGGCCCGUCCUCAGGGGAAGAAAGCGCUACGGACUGGUCCGACACCGACCCGGAAGACAUUGCUGUGCGCCGUCGUAAACGGCGACGAAGCCGGAGCAGGACGCCUGGGCUGUACCCCGAUCCCGAUCCUGAAAAUCCGACAGCUACGCGAGAUAGCAAGCGAGGGAGGACGAAGGAGCCUGGCGGGCGGUUCUUGUCCGUCAUGGUGAAUAUCCACCCGUAUUAUUCUCUGGUGCUGUUGCAUCUGGGAUGUGUGCUGUUAAGGCUUCCGAUUUGGUUGAGGGAUGUGCAUCGGUGGGCUGGGUCGGGUGAGAUACCCUACUAUACGGCGGCGGAUCAGUUGCCCUUGGAGCUUACCUCCAAGUUCAGCUUGUUUGCUUCAGGGCUGGAACGGAAGACACCCCCCCAAAUGUCCAAACUCCACAUAGUCUCCACAACCUUCCGCACCCUCUUCACCAACCGCUUCUCCAUCAGCUUCCCGCCCCCAAACCUCCCCCUCCUCUGGAUCCGCACCCUCACCGACCUUUCUCUCCCUCCCACAUUCUACGCCGACAUGUCCACUAUCCACUCCCUGGUGUUUCCCGGCGCCAACGAUUGGGGCAGGGGCGGCGAGCGCUCGGGUGGGGGUGGGGGGAAGGCGAAAUCACAGGUCGCGCUGGCGCUUGUGGUGUUCAAGUUGCGGUGUGGAGCAGAGAAUGAGAGGAGCGAGAUGAGGGGGUGGGUGGAAGGGCUGGUGAGGGGGAGGGAGGGGGUGCAGGAGUAUGCGGCGUGGACUUCGAGUGACGUCCGAGAAAAAACCACCGAGGAACUAAUAACAUACGUCGACCGCUUCGCCAACCGUCUGGGCACCCAUCAGGACACGAGACCGAAGGGCUACGAAACCUUCGAAACCGCCCUCAACGCCCUCCUCGCCUCCCUCCCCUCGCCUCCUCCUUCCCACCCCCCCACCACACCCACCCCCGCGCCCACACCAAAUCAUAUACCCUACCCACCCAUCCCCACGCAACCCCCGCGCUACAUCAUGUAUAACGCGUCGGACACAUCCGGCCCCUUCCACCACCCCUACGACACCGUGGUCCGCGCAGCGGCGGAUCUGGUCGGGGUCGGCGUGCGCGAGCUGGAGAGGGAGGUCAAUCGGUUGGAGAGGCGGUUGGGCGUCGAGAUGGGGUGGGUUGCCGGGUGGGUUGAGACGGCGCAAGGGGGUGCGACACACGGGACGCCGGGUGCGGGGGUUGCCAUGGCUGUAAACGAAGAUAGGGGCCGCGGUGGGAAGCUGGAUGGAAGCGAGGACGAGGACGACCGGGAGGAUUACAUGUAG